AUGAUCCCGUUCGUAGAACCGGGGCUCACAGACAUGCAGACAGUCUAUGCAGAAGUAGACGUUGUUGCACUCAAGGCUGAAGAUUAUGAAGAAGAUUUGAAAAAUGAACUUAUAGGAUUACCUUCGAGAAAGAAGCUACUGCGCACAACAGUGUCCAAAAGCGAAGUUUCUCGUCCGUACGAUGAACUGAGAAAGAGCCGCCAGCGAGGGUGGACGGGCGGGCUGCGGCCACGCGCGCGCUGCGACGCCUGCGCAGGUCGCGCGGGUGGCAGUGGCCGCGACGCAGCGGGAGGCGGCGAGUCGGUGGCCGCCGCGGCCGCCGGGCGGAUGGAGGGCCAGCUGCCGGGCGAGGGGGCGGCGGAGGCGGCGCUGUCGCGCCGCAGCAGGAGCUCCGAGCAGGAGGCGCAGGCGGACGACACCCGGCCCUCGGCCACGUCUUCCUCCUCCGCCGCGGAGGCCGCGCGGCUGCUGGCAGACCACCGCCGGCAGCUGGAGGCGCUCGCGGCCAAGCCGGCAUUCGCCGCCGCCUGCGCCACCGUAGAGCGCGUCCUGGCCAGCAACGUCUUCCGUGCCCAGCAGAAGAUUUUCAAGGGCCUGACGGAGGCGGACGCAGAGGGCGGCGGCCCGCGCUUCCGCUACCACGUGCGGCCGCUGUGGGUGUUCGAGUGCGAGCGUGCGAGCGGGCGCAGCGUGUCGGCGCUGUGCUGGAGCGCGGCGUGCGGCGACCUGCUGGCGGCGGCCUACGGCAAGUUCCACUACGGCGGCGGCGGCGGCCGGGGGCGCGGCGCCGUCUGCGUCUGGUGCGUCAAGAACCCCGCCGAGCCGGAGCGCGCCUACGUCUUCGGCGCGGAGGUGUCGUCGCUGCGCUUCUGCCCGGCGGCGCCCAACCUGCUGGCCGUCGGCUUCUACGACGGCGCCGUCGCCCUGGUGGACGUGUCGGCCGCCGGCAGCGCCUGCAGGGUGGUGGCGCGCGGGGCGGCGCCCGUGAGGGCCCCCGUCUGGCACGUCGAGUGGCUGCCGCGCCCAGACGCCGAGGAGGGCGGCCAGCAGCUGCAGGAUCUCCUCGCCGCCGACCAGGAGGGCCGCAUCUCCAGGUACCGGCGCAGCGGCGCGCGGCUGGAGCAUACGCAGGUGAUGCGCGUGCCGUGGCCAGAGGGCGCCGUGCGCGGCGUGGCGCCUCCCCCUGGCGCGCGGGCGCCGCGGCGCUCGGCCGGGGAACCCCCGCCGGCCGGGGAACCCCCGCCGGCCGGGGAGCCGGUGUCGUGCUUCGCGGCGGCGCUGGUGCUGGCGCUGCGGCCGGGCGGCGCGGACGACUACCUGGUGGGCACCGACGCGGGCUGCGUGCACGUCUGCUCGACGCGCAGCCUGCACCGACACCUCGACCACUUCCGCGCGCAUCGCGGGCCCGUCUACUCCCUGCAGUACUCGCCCUUCUGCCCGCAGGUGCUGCUGACGGCGGGCGGGGACGGGUGCGUGCGCGUGUGGCGGCAGGGCGCGUGGCAGGCGCUGGCCACGCUGCGGCACGGCGCGCCGCUGCAGGCGGCCUGCUGGUCGCCGUCGCACGCCACGCUGCUGGCGGCCGCCGGCGCGCCCGGCCUCUUCCUGUGGGACCUGCGCCGCGCCGCGCCCAGCCCCGCCUCCGCCACGGCCGCCGGCCUCUGCACGCAGCUGCUCUUCACGCCGUCGGGCCGCGGGCUCGUCGCCGGCGACGCCGCGGGCCGCGUGCACGUGCUCGCCCUCGAGGACGCGCCCUUCCCGCCCUUCUUCCAGGCCGACGCCCUCGCGGACGCCCUGCGCGCCGCCGUCCUCACCAGGCCGCAGCUGGCGCGCCGACUGCGAGAACUCGGGCCGCCCUUCGGAUGACCUCCCACUGCUAGCAAUGUGUGUAUUGUGGCUGAAGUUUCUCGCGGACCUGUCACGACGCCGCGACACUGGGUAGGGCAGCGCAGGAAAAACUGCGCAGCGUAGCCUCGACGCACGUUGGGAGAUGUUCUGUGCCAGCGUCGCGCUGUGUGUUCUCGUGAAGCACUAGCUGAUCUUAUGAAUCUUACCUUCCAAACGAGUCCUUCGAUAUUCUUCAUCCUUCUACGACUUGAAGCUCGUCACCGGGCCAUCACUUGCUUCAGGCUACGACACACUUCUCCAAAAACUCCAAAAGAUCUCCUUUUAAGAUCUGAAUGUUUCCGAGCGAUGUUAUCUACAAACCAUUCCAAGAAUUUUACACAGACACCUGUACCUAGGUACGUGUCCAUAAAUCAUCUAGUAACAAAGUCUCAGUGUCGAUUCUCUCCAGCACCAACUUUAUCGACUUUUAUUUGCAUUCUUUUUCUUAUCAAAUCAGAAUGUUAAAUAACAAACAUUUGUAAGCUCCCACACCUUAGGCCGGUCUUCCCUUCGUUCUACCCUCGUUGCCACAGUAGAUAAACGCAUUUAAUUAACACAUUCCGGGUCAGAAAGUAACCUU